UGUUGUGCGCAAGUUUUUAAAGGUUUUUCUUAUCUUAAAGGGUUUCAUUGUUUUAAUUAUUUUAACCUUUUGUUUUGUCUCUUCUAAAAGGGUAAUUUUGUUUCAUUCUUUUUGUCACAAAUUCAUUCUUCCACAGAAAACUUCAUAUUUUUUUAUUUGUUUUAGAUUUUAUUACAUUUUUUAUUUUUUUUAUUUCAUUUUUAAGGGCAAUACCGAUGUCACUAAUCCAUUACUUUUUAGAAAACACUUUCUUGCGAAAAUUUCACUAGCAUAUAUUUAUUUAGCCAGGUAACAAAUUAGCCCGACCCAAUUUGCCUAUGUGUGAGGCCUUUACGUGGUUGGCUUGCACUUCACAACCAUGCAGUAUGGCCGGCCUGCCCUGUACUCGAUGGGAGCAUCCAACGCGUCAAUUUUGAAGAAAAUAAAAUUGGCUGAUACAAAUUCAUGUAAGUCAAUUCUGAUAGAAAACCGACUUGCCCAAAUUAUGUUUUCAGGCGACUUGUCCCUAGCUAGUCCAAAACUUUCCUGCAGCCGCGGGGAGCUCUUCCGUUUCUGGUCUGUUUCGCACCACCAGCCGAUAAGGAUCCAUCCAUGCACGCCACAUCAGAAGCUUAAUUCUCCUCAUUACCGUCAAGAGAGAGCCAUCACCACACCUGGUUCACCUCCUGCCUAGUACUACAAGAAAUAAACAAACCACAAGAACCAUACUAGAAGAAUCUAGAGAUUCAGAGCAUAGGAGAAGACAAAACUGGUGCGAGGAGCAGGGCGUGUACAUAGGAGGAGUCACACUGGCGUAGGCCAGCCUUGCUUACUCACAAGUCAGUCCCGUCACUCCCUGUCGCGCGCGAGAGACCAGAUCGCCAUGGACAUGGCACGCUACGUUGCGUUCCACCAGCAGUGGAUCGCGGGCCAGCAGGCGGGCCUCCGCGAGCUCGCGGAGGCGGCAGCCAAUGCCGCCACCGAGCGCGCCACGGACGCGGAGCUGAGGGCCGUGGUGGAGAGGUGCAUGCGCGGGUACCAGGAGUACGCCGCCAGCCGGCGUGCCAUGGCGCGCGAGAACGGUGCGGCCUUCGUCGCCCCGCCGUGGUGCACGGCGUUUGAGAACUCCGUGCUCUGGCUCGGGGGCUGCCGGCCGUCGCUGGCAAUCCGGCUGCUCUACUCCAUCUCCGGCGAAGGCCUGGAGGAGGACAUCGAGGAGUUCGUCAGCGGCCGCGGUCGCGGCCUCGCAGAGGAGAUGGGCCUCAUCGGGAUCACGGCCACGCAGCUGCAGCAGAUCAAUGAUCUCCACCGCUGCACGCUGCGCGACGAGGGUUACCUGACGGAGCGCCUCGCGAGUCUGCAGGAGAACAUCGCCGACCGGCCGCUGCUUCCGAUCGUCCGGGAGCGCGCCGCGGCGGCGGCAGCAUUAGUCGGCCAGGGCCGGAGCGCUAAGCGCGACGACAUUGCCGGACGGCUCGCGGCAGCAGAAUCGUCAGGAGGACUCGCGGCCGAGGUGGACGCGGCGAUGGAGAGCUACUCGGCCGGGCUGGCCAGGCUCCUGGAGGAAGCGGACGAGCUACGCAUGUCGACGGCCAGGGCACUGGCAACGGAGAUAUUGACGCCGCGGCAGGCGGUGGAGAUGCUGGUGGCAGCCAAGCAGCUGCACCUGGCGGUGCGCGACUGGAGCCGCCGGAAGGAGGAGGGCGCCCAGAACGCGCGUCUGCCGCGCGCAGCCGCAGCGACGACCGCCCCUUCCGGCUGAACCCCAUGACAGGCUCGCCAUUCCUCAACUAGCUUGCUUUGCCGCUCCAACAUAAGUGUACACAGUCUGAAUAAUCUGUUUAUUCUGGAUUUUUAGAUAUUAGUAUCGUUGUUUCUCUGCCAUUAUAUAACCUGCCUGCACAAACUGCAUGCUUGUGUUCUAAGUUGAAGUUCCUCCUACUACUCCUGUCCAAUACAGUAGUAUAUAUGUAUCCGUAACUAGUUUCUUGUGUGCUUGCAGUUGCAUAUGUUCGCUCUCUA